GGACUCACCAGCCUCCUCCUCAGCAUCUGCAGCACAGUGGCACAGAAUUCUGGACCACGUGAUUCUGAAGCUCAGGAUUCUGGAUUUGUUCCCAUGUAUGGGAUACGAGGAGGUUCUGUGCUGUUUCAUGUGAUCAAGGAGCAAGAAGCUGACCCAGAGGAGGUCUCAUGGGGCUUUGGUCCUGAGUCAAACUACAGAGUCCUGCUGCGAGUCCGCCGUGGGGCAGAAACCCCAACCUGGGUCAGCCUCCAGGACAAGUACCAGCAGAGGGUCCACGUACCCAAUGUGAGGUCUCUGAAGAUUGAGAGCCUGACCUCUGAGGACAGUGGGCAGUACCGGGCUCGAGCCAGCUUCACUGGAGGAAUAGAACGUACCGAGGUUUUCCACCUCACUGUUGAUGAGCCCGUGAUCAUUCCUGAGAUCCUGGUCAACUCAUCAUCCAUCACACCAGGCUGGUGCAAUGUCACUCUGGAGUGUAACGUCCCAGGAAACAGAGAAGACCUGAGUGUGACCUGGGAAAGCAAGGGCCUUCCCAGGGAGCUGGAGUGGAGUGGGACACUGGAACUAGACCCCAACACCUGGGAACUGACUGUGAACAAGUCCCUGAUCCAGUCCAGUGCCACCCUCACCUGUGUGGUCAGCAACCAUGUAGAGAAGAAAACUGCCUCUGUAGACUUUGCACAAGUCUGUUCCCACGGUUCACAAGAACAGACCAUUUCUGGCCCCUUUGGAAUCGUCCUAUGUAUCACUGUGCUUGUGCUAUACUUCCUGGGAACUGGACUGUGCUUUUGGAAAAUAUAUAAGAGGGAAAGGAACAUGGAUACUGGAAGAGGCAAGUUGAACUUCUUUUUCUUCCUCAGAUAA